GAGUUUCCAGAAAAUUAAAUUUAAAAACAGCCUUCCUACCUGUCUCUUUAACGUUUCCUACGUCAUUUAUAACCCCAUUGUUCUCUCCUCUUAUCUUUCCAUCUCUUUCUUGUGAGACAUGUCCAUAACCCACUUCUCUUCACAAAACUUCAAGCAGAACUAUUUUUUUGGUGCACAACAAGAACACUACUAUUUCAUGGAAGAAUCAUCUAGAAAUUCUUCGUCUCCUCCGAAGCAAAACAGCAACCAAUUAGAAGAAAUUGAAAUUCCAAAAGAACAUUUGUUCGAGAAGCCAUUAACGCCGAGCGAUGUCGGGAAGCUUAAUCGAUUAGUUAUCCCAAAACAGAACGCGGAGAAGUACUUUCCUCUUAACGAGUCGAUUAAUGAUUCAGGCGAAAAGGGCUUUUUACUGAGUUUCGAAGACGAAUUGGGGAAAUUAUGGAAGUUUCGUUAUUCGUAUUGGAAUAGUAGCCAGAGCUAUGUAUUGACUAAAGGAUGGAGUCGUUUCGUGAAGGAGAAGAAAUUAGAUGCCGGUGAUGUUGUUUUGUUUGAGCGACAUCGGGUAGACGGUGACCGGCAAUUUAUUGGCUGGAGGAGGAAGAAUGGUGCUGCUGCCGCCUCUGCAACCAUCUUUGCUCCGCCGGGAGGUGGUGGUGGUGGGUGGGGUCAGGUGCAUCGGUAUCCGUCGGCAGGUGUUCCAUACCACACUGACUUUCUUCACGCAGGUAGAGGAGUACCAAUGCACAACCAAUUAACAGCAGCAAAUGGAAACAACACUAGGAAACAAGUACGGUUGUUCGGGGUGAACCUAGAGUGCGAGGUCGAUGACUCGUCUUCGUGGUCUGAAUCAUCGACCCCAGAUGGUUCAAUAUCAUCGAAUCAUUACCAACAAGGUCAGGAUUACUAUCAGGGUCAAGCUGGUCAACACCAUUUCCAAUACCAAGUCCAUUAUUCCAAUCCUCAUAUUGUUCCUGCAGCUUCAUCCGAUAAUAAUAACCAUCAUUAUAACACGGAUAUGGAUUACUCGAGAGAUGUCAACCAUAUGAGAUAUCACCAGGGAUAAGAUCUGUGGAUGUGACAUAAGCAUUGACCAUUAUGGGCCACUUGGAAUAUAAAAAACAAGCAAUUAAAAGAAAAAAAGAAAUUUCAAAAGGGAAAAUCCCAGAUUUUCUGGCUACUUGCUCUCCCAAAAGGGUGAUGCAUAUCAUCUCCAAGUCCAGGGGGAAAGUAAAUGAAAAGAAGUUGGAAUUUUGAAAGAGACAUCAGGGUAUUCUUGAGGGGGUUGGGUAGUUGGACAGCUGAGAUGGGCCAAUCCAAAAAUAGAUUGACGCAAACAAAAGCUCAAAUGAAAUAAUUUGGGCCAUUUGUUUGCAAAAAUCUUGUCGAUUCCAGCUUAUUUGAGACGGAGGCAUACUUGUUAUUUUUUCUUUACAAGAACAUAUAGAUAAAGGAGUUCUUUCUUUUUUGUUGUUGUUAUUGUUGGGGGGUGG